AUGGCGUCAAAGGGGGUUCCUCAGCAGCAGUCGGCGGUGGGUUUGGUAACGGGUGAUCAGGAGCCUAGGGGCCGGGCCGAUGAGAUUCCUGAGCUGCGGCGGGGAUACACGAUCCCUCGGGGUCGGUAUCUAGCCAGUGACCUUCCGCCUCUGCAUACGCUGACAGAAAUUUUCGCUGACAUGGCAUCGAACGCCCUGAAAAUGGGAUUCGAGCAUGUCCUCAGUCGGCUCGGCAGUCGACCACUUCGGGUGGCGACAAUGUGUUCAGGAACGGAAGCCCCGCUUCUAGCCCUGGAAUUGAUCCAGACGGGUUUGCCAGAGGCCCAGCAACUACGGAUCUCGCACGCUUUCAGCUGCGAGAUUGUUCCGUUCAAGCAAUCAUACAUUGAACGGAACUUCCGCCCCCCUAUCCUCUUUCGGGACAUCACCGAACUUGGAGGGGACGUGGCGCGGACCGCCUACGGGUCAUCGGAAGUGAUUCCCGGUGACCUUGACAUCUUAGUUGCUGGAACUGCCUGUGUCGAUUUCUCUCCGUUGAACAACCGCAAGAAGACGCUGCAGCAAGGCGGCGAGUCGGGAGCGACGUUCGACGGUCUCUUGCGGUACGCGGAGAGAUAUCGACCCCGCAUGAUCGUCCAGGAGAAUGUCCGGAAUGCUCCCUGGGAUCAGAUGAAGGGAAAGUGGGAAGAGCUUGGAUACAUGUCGGUUUGUGUCAAUGUCGACACAAAACAUUACUACAUCCCGCAGACACGCGAGCGCGGGUACAUGGUGGUCAUUGACAAGCGCCGCUUGGAAGCAGCGGGCCUGCUUGGAAGCCCCAUGGACCAGAGUGGCAUUGACAGUGUCACUCAACGCGUUCGUGAGCUCGCUGGUCAGUUCAAACGGCCAGCGAGUGCGCCGGUGGGGUUGUUCUUGCUGAGUGACGACGACCGCCGACUCGAGCUCAUCGAGAUGAGAGCCCGCCUUGAGUCCAGAAGCGAAACGAGCUGGGACCAGUACCAGAUUCGCCACGAGCGGCACCGUGGCGAACUGGAACUAGGCAUCGAGAGGCCAAUCACUCGAUCCCUGCCCGGAAUCAAUGACCUGAAGGCACCGGACUUCUAUUGGCAUCGUUUCUGGAAGACACAGCCGGAGAGAGUGUGGGAGACCGUGGAUAUGAAUUUCUUGAAGAAGAUGCUUCAAGAUUAUGACAUGAACUUCAAGGAGCGUUGGAUCGACUUGUCUCAGGGAGUCGAUCGAGGGAAUGACAGUCUUGCCGGGUCCGGGAUCGCGGGGUGCCUGACGCCAAAGGGCAUCCCAUUUGUGACCACCCGCGGGGGGCCCGUAUCUGGCACGGAAGCCCUUUCGUUGCAAGGUCUGCCUCUCGAUCGAAUGCUACUCACGAGAGAAACCCAAGCCGAUUUGAUGGACAUGGCAGGAAAUGCAAUGACGAGUACGGUCGUGUGUGCAAUCAUGCUGGCUGGUCUGAUAGCCGUGCAUGAGAUUCUUGACGAUGAUGAGGAGGGUUCAACCAACCCCGGCGACGCGGAGGCCAAGUCCCUUCUCGUUCUCAGCGAGGUCCACAGCCUCGUGAGAAGCAACCUCCAAAUUGCCGCAGCUCCCCUCAUCGACCAUUCUGUUCUCAAAGCCAAGGCAGCGAGCAGCGUUCUGUGUUGCUCCUGCGAGAGACAGACUGGGGUUCAAGAUUCAAUUUACAGUUGCACACUGUGCGGACAUACCGCUUGCAAAUCCUGCCGUGGAAAUCCCACGCAUUCGUAUCUACAUGUUUCCCUACUUUCUCGACAAAAGCCGUCUGAGUUUAUAGCGAAUUUGAAGGGACUUAUUCCCAUGAAGCUUAUGCUGUCUGGUUUGUCCGUCUUGGACUUCGAGACGUUUAGAACCCUUUACCCUAUCGACAACCUCCCCCGGUUUUGGCCCGACUUUAUUCUGCGCGUGAAGGCAGCUAUGCACGACGUUUUCCGGUUUUAUGAGAUCAAGCGCGGAAGAAAAUGGCGAGUCGUUUAUGAUGGCACGUACUCCAGCUUGUUCCUUGAUAUCGGCCCGGACUCCAUCCAAUGGCUUUUGUACGCAAAGCCCCCCAAGUCCGCGAGCACGAGAAGCGUCAUCCGAGAAGUGCUAGCCAAGCCAAUCGCCAGAAUGAGUCCCACCUCUGGGUCGUUUGUCGAGGGUACAUGGGAAGUUUGUUCACCUGUUAGUACCCCAUUCUCACUGCAGAUUUCGGGCCGAGGAAGCCAACUCCGAUCAUUCCAAUCGGAGUGCGGUCUCAAAGCCGCCAAAUUUGUUGAUGCAAAAGUUUGGGACAGUAUUCUCGUUGAAGGAUCCAGUCAAGAUGUCGCAGUUCUUGAUCACGACGUCCGAGGAACCUACCAAUUCCUCCCUGACUGUGGAACAGCGCUUGGUGCAUUGUACAGAAAAGAAGCCACCACCCAUGCGCCUUCAAUGUUCUUAUUUCUUGACCCAAUGAAGACUGGACCCCCUGAUGAAGAUGCCUGUGUGUUCGCUCUUGACCACAGCCGCCUUUCUGGAUAUGAGAUGAGAAUGACGAUCGCCGAGUUAUCACCAACUUGGAGAUCAUUGGAUGUCACCCCGGAUUCGAAAGAUGUGACAGCGUUCUGUCGUCGAUGGGCCAAGGCCCCCGAAGCGCAGUUGAACCAUUGUCCUGCCGAGCAGAUCACCCUUCGCACAUUGCAACAAGGAAUCCAAGUCUCGAUUGAAAACCAUCACUGUCUUAAUGCUUGUAUUACCCUCACCUCGCUGUCAGCAACAGCAGCGAUUCUCAACCUGCCCGACGCAAAUUCCGAUUGGCAAGCCUGGAAUCCCGAUGUCUCUAUGAGGGAAUUGAAAGGUCUCGCCUGGUUGUUCCCAAAGAUUGCCGCCUGGUCCGACUUUGAAGACUGGAACGAAAUCAUCCGUCUAGACUAUUUAGACCUCAAUCAUCAUUCAAAUGGCAAUUGCAACACCUGCAACCCACCCACCCCAAAUAUCCUUUGGGGCCGCGACAACAAAGACCGAAUCAUCCCCUACGAGAAUCCCCAGGACGCUGCUGUCUACGAACGUGCCAUCAAAAACCGACCCUCGCCAUUUUUGGUCUUCAGACGAAUCAGUGAACAUGGAGACGCCGAAUUGCGUUUCACCCUCAAUGUUCAAGCUCUGACGCACCAGGCACAGGGAAAAUUGGUUGGCACCGCAAGCCGCGAGACAGUCACAUCUCGCUGGCGACUUCUUCCUCAUGCGUACGACAUGGCUCAAAAAACUCCUGAUAUGAGCCAAGCCACCCCUGACAGGUUUACUUUGAAGAAUAAUGACAACGACAGUCCUUCGCCACAACCUCCUAGCUUCAAAUUCCGAUUGCGUGAUGAACAGCUUCGAUCAUUGAGCUGGAUGAUUUCACAAGAAGCAGAAAACAUGGAACCAUUCAUGGAGGAGGAAGUUGAAGAAUCCACCCUCCCCUUGAUGCCCUGGCGCGCCGAAGUCAAAGCGACAAUGCCAAAUGUUGUUCGCGGUGGCGUGCUAGCUGACGAGGUUGGAUAUGGCAAGACAGCUGUCAUUCUUGGUCUCAUCGACGUGCAGUAUGGAAGCGACACCAAACCCCCUGAGGCCGACGGGUUAAUCCCAACAAAAGCAACCCUGAUCAUCGUACCCUGCAACGUUUUCAAGCAGUGGGUCUCGGAGACCAAGAAGUUCCUCGAAGGAAAAUACAAAGUUUUGGUGAUAACGUCAAUCAACAAGAUCACCAUCCGGGAAGUCGAAGAUGCAGAUAUCGUGAUUUUGUCAUGGGGUACCCUGGCCAACGAUGCAUACUACAGCCGACUUCAACAAUUUACCGGAACACCCCGGGCUCCCGCAAAAUCGAGCGGAGGAACAGGUCGAAAUUUCGAUAGCUGGUUCCACGACGCUCGUGCUUCCUUGCGGGAGUCCGUUAACAUAUUGAAAACAGAAGGGCCUGAGGCGAUGCUCCAGAAAUUGGAGGCCAGACGUCGCCGAGUCCAAGAGACACAGGCCGACUUCACAUACAUACCCUCUCGACGCCUCCGUGGCCAGGCAUUCGCUGAUGCUAAUGAUGGUCCUGACGAGUCUGAUGCAGAAGCAGAAGAGGAUUUGGACUCUGAGAAUGACCCCGGGUUUAAUGAAUUUGGUGCAUCUGGUGUGAGACACUCGACCGGAACAGCGAGUUCUGUGGGCCAGCGGAAGCGGGGGCACAGUAGGAAGUCAGUGGAAGGUUCAGACGGAAAGCGACAAAAACGCCAAUCGACGGACCCGGCAGAAGUGACCGACGACAAAAAUAAAAGCGAAGUCAAAUCAAAAGCCGUGAAGGAUGACCGCAAGGAGUUUAAUAUCAAAAAGAACUCCAAGCAACAAUGGCGCGAUAUCACAGCCGUAUUCAUUCACGCUUUCAACUUCAACCGGUUGGUUAUCGACGAAUACACAUAUGCCGGAGAAGAAAGACAGGCAUCCCUGCUCUCAUUGCAGGCACGCUCCAAAUGGAUCCUUUCUGGAACGCCAGGUCUUGAUGAAUUUGCCGACAUAAAGAGUAUUGCGCGUUACCUUGGUUUACAUCUUGGUGUGGAUGACGAUGGCGAUUGCGACAAGCCGUCGCAGAACCUCAGACUACGAAACAUCCGGAAGAACCACACAGCAGUUGAGGCAUUCCAAUAUUACCAGGCACCCCACAGCAACGCCUGGUACCGAAACCGCCGAGAACAUGCUCAAAGAUUCCUAGACCGGUUUGCGCGUCAGAACAUCGCACGCAUCACACACAUUCCAUUGAUACCGCACCUUGCCAUUACCGAGCAGUCGGCCGUGGAAAAGACAGCGUACGAUACGUUAUUCCGAGCCGUCAAAGAAAACAAGAGACGAAUCCCUGGCCCCCUGAGCGCGAUUUUAUCCAAAAGCCAGUUUCCCCAGGAGACUCUCAUCAUGUCCUGCGUCACAUGUCAAAUUGGACAGCCUCCAUGGAAUCUCGAGAAAUGCCGCAAAGGCUCGGUGAACGACAAAAAGAAAUCUACCGAGAUGUGGGCUAAAGUGGACUCGAUCACUCGACAGGCAGCGACUGUUUGGUAUCGCGAAAUGAACAAUAUCAAUCUUGAAGACUGGCAGAACGCCCUGAAUGGCGUCGCCAAGGUUAAUUUCGGGGACCCCGAACUCAACCAAAGAUUCAACGAUCUCUUGAAGGGAAUCAUCCACACAUACAGCGAGUGGAAACUCGUCCAAGAACACCGCCCAACCGAAGGUUUGCUCCAGGCGCGAUUCCAAAAGAUCCAGAACGCGAAGACUGGCAACACAGCCACUGGAAGAUCGGUUUGGACUGCUGUCGAAAAAGCAUUGUCAGCUGAUGCCACAUCUCUCUUAAAGCAAAUCCUUGAUAUUGACCGGGAAUACCGAUUCUACGAACAUCUGGUGAGGAUCCAAACCAUUGGAAUCCCACCAUGUCAAAAUUGCAAGAGGGAUUUGCAAGAAAAGGAAGAUGUCAACAUUCUCAAAACAUGCGGUCACGCCCUCUGCAAAGGUUGUCUUCACACCGCGAGCAACAGACCACGCAAACCCUGCCCCAUCCUUGGAUGCAGCGCCCACAUUGCCCAAUCCAAGAUCGUGCCCGGUGAAAUCCUCGUCAGCGAAGACCAAGCAACCCAGAGUACCAAGCUCAACGAGCUUGUUGAGAUCAUCCGCAGUGUCCCAGAGGACGAACUUGUUAUAAUCUUCGUGCAAAUCAGCCAUCUGUUGCCCGUUGCAUCGAAUGCCCUUAAAGCAGCAAACAUCGAACACCGCAUGGUCACACAGACCAACUUGAAGGGAAUCGGCGAGUUCACUGACCCGCCUAAACCAAAGAAGGGUGAGACCGAAUCACCUUCCAGACCCAAGGCCUUGAUCUUAAAUCUUGGAAAUUCCAUGGCAGCUGGACUGAACCUCCAAUGCGCAAACCAUGUCAUCUUCCUGUCACCCUAUUUCGCCUCUUCUGACCAUGACUACGAUGCGGGCAUGACCCAGGCAAUUGGACGUGCUCGGCGAUUUGGGCAAAAGCGCGAAGUCCAUACCUAUCAUUUGCUGGUGAAAAACACUUACGAAGUCAACAUCUUCCAAAAAGCUCAGUCAAGCAAACUCGUUGAGCGUCAAGGUGUUCCAGUGUUGGUUCCAGAAGGACAAGUAUCACCAGACGACGUGACAUAUGAAGGGGAGGAAUUACCAGAGUAG